AAUUCGUUCUGUACGUAGUUUGUGUAUGGUCCCUAACUAUACCGUUAAUUACAAAUUUAUAGUACACGAAUAAUAAUACGUAAUUUGCACAGCGAGUCCGCGACGGAAUGUUUUCGCUGACUGCGAAGCAGACAAGAAAACGCCACUUCGUGUUUUUAUGUUAGUUAUGUCCCGAAUGAGUCGAUUAAUCUGUCGAAUAUCGGCUUGGAUUGGUUACCUUUGCGUAGAUCUAGAUGAUGAAUUAAUAAAUAAACAUUUUUGAACUUCCAACGAUCGUCCAUCUCUGUUCUCGUGACAUGUCGACACUUCCUGUUGAUUCAGUUUACAAUUUACAUUACAAUGCUUGACCUUAAAUCUCUGGAUAUCUCGCAACAACCUGCGUAUGAGUUAUUUCUAAUUUCGUUAUAAGCCUUGCACUCGCCAACAAAACGGCUUACGUACUCGCACAGUUGCAGUUUUGUACCGCUUUUGUCUUUACCGACUGAAAUGAAUUUUGUCGUUGUUAUCAGCCUUCUCUUCCUGAUGUUUAGUGGCAUAAUACGGCUACAAUGCUCGAAUGUCACAGACAUUCGUUUUUUUAUUCACUUGCCGUACACGCAGUAUACGUACAGUUACGAAAUUUUAGGACCGGUAAUUGAUGCAGCAUUUGAAUAUGUUAAUCAGAAAUACAAGGGAACUGGUUUGAAGUUCUCCCAAUAUCGUCAAAUAUAUCCGUCGAUCUACCGCUGCGAUCAGACGUUAUCGGUGAUUGGACAACUUGGAGCGAAGUAUUAUUUUGACUAUAUCGAAGCCGAACAAGAUUCCGUUCCUGCAUUUUUUGUUGCAGCUUGCGAUGCUGUUAUGAACUUUAUCGGAGAUUACGCAAGAGAACUUGUUGGGUUUCUCACAGAAAUAAACGCACUGUUUGUCACGAGUCUUCCCGCGGAUGUGCGCCUCGAAGACAAGGUCCGUUUUCCCACCUUGACCCGUUUCAUUCCUUACCAACCACAGGAUAUUGCCGGUUGCAUUUCCGCCCUGCUUAGCGAAUUCUCAUGGCACCGGGUCACCGUCAUUCACGAGACCAGCAGUGCUUUCUACAGCAGCGUGGGAUCAACGGUCUACAACAUGCUGAUAUGGAACAAAGAUUUUACCCCCACUUACUUUUCCUAUGACACGGUCAGCGAUGAAGAUAACUGGAAGGAUCCUGAGAUUUUCUUGCAGUCGGCAAAAAGCUUUACAAGAGUGAUUUUUCUAAUGGCUCCGAUGCUGGAAGUUCAGAAGCUGUUGGUGACUGCGUAUCGCUAUGGUAUGAUCAACGAAGAAUUCGUCUACAUCACGAUAUGGCCGUUUCAGCACGAUUAUUAUGGAAAUCUCUCAACGCAGUACUUUGAGCCAAGCGACAUUAUUGUAAGGAACGCUUUCCAGUUCUUGUUGGUUGUGACUCCCAAGGCGGUAAAUUCACCGUUGGUUACCAAUUUCACUAUGCCAACGAUAAACCAAGCAGCAGCCAUAAAAGAAAAGAGCGGUCAGAAAGAUCUGCAUAUUGUGGAUACCUAUUCGGCAAUUACGGAAGCUGCAAAGGCGUAUUUCGCAGUAUGGAAUGAAACUGGGAAUAUUCUGGAUGGUAGAGCAGUUUCCCAGUUUAUGUGGAAUAAAACUCUGGAAAACGAUGUGGCUGGCCCGAUUUUCAUUGAUCCCAAUGGAGACAAAAAAGUGCAGUAUGCAGUGCUGUCGUUCAACCAAGACAGUGGUCAGUUCGAAGAAGUGUACGUUUUCGAUGCUUGUACGAUUACCUGGGCACGGGUGCCGGGGAAGACUGUUACGUGGUCAGGUGGAAAAGUGCCACUGGAUGAGCCGGUUUGCGGUUAUACGGGGAAUAAAGCAGUCUGCUCUCAGCGGCCAGAAAACCAUUCUGCAAUUGUAUGGAUACCGAUAACAGCAUUGCUCCUUAUUGGAAGCGUUAUUCUUCAUGUUUAUACCAGAAGAAAGUUUCGCCACCAAAACGAUCUGGAGACAGCUUGGAAAUUGGAAGAUGCCAAGCUGUUCGUGCCCUUUUAUAUUGGAGGUUGGGACUGGUUUAGUCAAAAAGGUCGCCCGCAGGCUUUGGUAUCGAGUGCCACGAUGAUACAGGGACAAAACAGCGUUUUCCCGAGCGGACACAUUGGUUACUAUGAGCAGCGAAAGGUGUGGAUCAAAUCCAUUGACACCGCCAAGCCAUUUAGUCCUAAUAAUCAGGAGCGGCAUCUGUUGCGAGAGUAUAUAAAAUUAAACCAUCCUAAUGUUGUGCCAUUUCUGGGUCUCCUUCCUGGAUUUUUAUGUAUCAAGCUGAUAACCGAAUACCGAAAACGAAGAAGCCUGUCGGAUCUGCUUAACAACAAAACCGUUAAACUCGAUGCGUGGCUAAAAAACUCAUUCGUGAAUCAUCUCGCUGCGAGCCUAACUUUUCUACACGGAUCAACAAUUGCCUGCCAUGGCAAUCUGAAAACCCCGAAUUGCAUAAUUGAUAAUUAUUUCAUUUUGCAACUGACGGACAUCGACAUCUGCCGAUCGCAACGAACUACCGUACUUGCGAGCGAUGUCUUAAAGCUGCUGUGGAAUGCGCCGGAAGUUUUACGAUCACCUAUAAAAUUCACACAAUCCAAACCGGCGGAUUUAUUCAGCUUCGGGAUAGUUGUUCAGGAAUUAUACACCGAAUGUCUGCCGUAUCAUUCCGGUCGCUUUACCACUCAAGAAUAUUGCACAGAAAUCGUGAACUCAGUGAUUUCCGUUUUUCAUCCACUAUUUCGCUGGAAUAAAUGGCAAAAUUGUCCAGAGAAUGUGAAAGCCUUGAUAAUCGGGUGUUGCUCGGAAUCUCCGGACGAGCGAUAUACCAUACAACAAGUGCAGACGUUCUUGAGUCAACAUCCCGAAUUCCAUCACGGCAAAUCACUUAUGGACGAUAUUCUGGAUCGUAUGGAAAAGUAUGCUAACGAACUGGAAGAAGCCGUGGGCGCCAAAACUGAAGCUUUCUUAGAUGAGAAGCGCAAGUGUGAACAACUAUUAUCGGAUAUAUUUCCAGAAGCGGUUGCCAAAUCUCUUAUGAGCGGAAAUACGGUGUAUCCUGAGCGCUACGAUUCGGUUACAAUAUGUUUUACUGGAAUAAACAACUUUCCUACCUUAUCAACUGCUUUUACACCAAAUCAGAUUGUUCGCUUCUUGAAUGACUUGUACACGAUAUUUGACGCCAAAAUUUCCGAUUAUGAUGUAUACAAAGUGGAAACUGUUGCUGAUUCAUACAUUGUUACGAGUGGUCUUCCAUUGCGAAAUGGAUACGAGCAUGUGCGGCAGAUUGCGCAGCUGGCGCGUACGCUUGUUUUAGUUGGUCAACAAUUUCAAUCAAUUGCAUGUAAACACCAUCAACUGCAAUUAAAGAUUGGAUUUAAUACCGGCCCCGUUGCCACAGCUGUCGUUGGAAUUCGCCGGCCGCGAUACUGCAUAUUUGGAGAUACGAUGAACACUGCAUCGAGAAUGAUGUCAACCGGUGAAGUGUUGAAAAUUCACGUGAGCCAGUCUUCCAAGGAUGCUUUAACAAGAUUCGGGAUGUAUUGUGAACUUCGUGGAACAACUAGCAUCAAGGGAAAAGGUCAAGAAAAUACAUACUGGUUAACUGCAGCAGAUACUGCUCCUUGAGAUAAUUAGCUUCGCUAUCAGAAAUUUAUGACUCGCAGAGAUUCACCGCUUAAUCUGCUCUGUAACAAGUUGGCUACUUUAAAUUGCAUUACCGAUGUUUAUCUUCUUAAAUCUCAAUAAUUCCAUAAAUCGCUUUUUUGGACACUGUACAAAAUCAAGCGGCGCUUUUACAUACUCAUGAAUUCAUAAAAAUUUGAGCAAAAUUAGAAUAUCUAAUCUAUUUUUCGUAGACUCGCUGCAAUUUAGGUAUAAGGAAGUCGCAGAGUGUAAACGGUUAAAGGCUUUGGUAAUCCAGUAGCAUUUGCCGUGUUCCCGCCAAUAAGGAACAUGCAAAUCGUAUUGCUGCUCCCGUUUUCGGUUGCGUUAAAAUCCGCUAUCGACUCCGUUUCGGCCAGCGAGUGUGUGCUGACGGUGCUUCUCGCGGCAGUGAUCGGUUUUGCCCGAUUAGAAAUGGUGCUGACUGUAAGAUUGCGGUCAUCGAAGAUUUUGAUAUCGGUUAACUCAAUGGCAUCGUUGUCAUACUGAUAACGGGCUUUGUCGCUAAUUUUACUUUUAAUGAUUAACGGCUCUUGGGAAAUAGUUCGUGCGUAUUGUCUAAUAUCUGGGAUACUGGCAGCUGGCAGAAUACGCGGGUAGCGAAACGGGCUGACGUUUGGGUAACUGGAGACAUCUGGAUGCGUGGAACGGCUUUCAUCGGUGUAUUCCCGCGCGCUUAUCAAAGCGGUGUGGUGUGCAAGUGGUGGGCAACCUGUUACUUGAAAUUCCGUCCAUGUUCGACUUGGAAAGUCAUACCUCCACAGGUCGUUAUGGAUGACGUGCUCAUUUUGGCCACCAUACACCCACAUUGAAUUUCCGACUUCGAUGGCCGAAUGACCAUAACGUGCCGAAGGGGAGCGACCCUUCGUUCCCGACACAGCCAGCCAAAAUUUAUUACCUGCAGACAUCUGCUGUCAUCAUCCGUAGAAAAUUAAUUUUGCUUGUAUCUCUAUACUGUUACACUGUGAUACAACUUCCGAAAAAUUGGAGUAGUCUGCAUAGUCUCCAAAAUAUUGAA